AUGCUUCUUAUCAGUUGGAAUGUGGCUGGUUGGUCCUCCACCUGCAAAUUACUCCGUGAUGACUUUGGCAGUAUUCAAAACUUCCUCCAACAAACUCACGCGGAUAUUGUCUGUUUGCAGGAAGUAAAAGGCUCAUGGUCCAAACUCGAUAGUGAUGCUCGUGGGGCCGGUGCGAGUGAUGGUGGUCCACAUGCCAUUCGUGGAUGGGAAUCUUUCUGGUCUUUCAGUAGUAAACAACAUCGUGGAUUUAAUGGAGUCGCUACCUUUGUUCGUGAAGGACUCACUUAUUGGUGUGAUGCUAAACCCUUUACAGAGGCGGAAUUAAAUGAUGAGGGACGUGUAGUGGUAACGUGCCAUAGUGCCUUUGUAUUAAUUAAUACUUAUGUAGUAAAUGCCAGACAUGGAUUACGAUUGGGAUUUAAAAUGCGUUUUCUUAAAGCAUUGAAAGAUCUUCUCUCUCGUGUGAAGAAAGAAACGGGAAAACCAGUUGUGUUAGUGGGGGAUUUAAAUCAAACGUAUCGUCCACAAGAUGCGUGUUGGUUAUUGCGACGAUUGAGUUUACCAUCUAUGUUUCAACUUGUACAACGUGCACGAGAGAUAAUAAGAGAGAAUAAGAAUGAAAAAGAAAAGGAAAAGAUGGAUAAAUGGGAAGAGGAAUUUCCAUAUCUUUCACGUUCAGCACUGGAACGAUUAGAACUAUUUGUGGCUGAGCAAGUAUCUCUUUUACUAGCGGCAUCUGAAGAGGAACAGGAACUCUCUAUGCCUAGAAGUAUUAGUAUUGAUACUUCUCUCUUUGAUGUGAUGAAGGAAGAGGAGAAUAAUAAUAAUAAUAAUAAUAAUAAUAAUAAUAAUAAUAAUAAUAAAGAAGGGGAACUUGAUGAUAAUAAUGAAGAGAAGGAGAGAAGAGUAGUGAAUAAUAAUGAUGAAGCUUUAGUAAAACUCAUAGCCCAAAUACAAGAACGUAAACAACAACAACAACGUAAAGGUAGUGUAAAUGGCGUAUUAGCUACCUUGGAAGAGAUAUGUGCAGCUGGUAUUCGUAGUGUAUUUGUUGAAGUAUUAACUCGAGUUCAACCUCCUUCACAUAAUCGUGAACUUUUCGCGUUAAUACAAUACUGUGGUUUACCUCCACAUGCAGAUAUAAGUGUACAGUUUAUGAAGGAAUUUAUCUCAGAAUUACAUCUCUGUGAUGUUUUACUAUUUACUCGUCCUAGUGAAGAUGCCGUAAACACGAUAGAUGGAAUAGAAACAUGUCCUCCUUGUCCAUAUACAUGUUGGGAUCAAUCUCGAAAUAAACGUUUAACAAAUGAAGGGACUCGAAUUGAUUAUAUUUUAAUAGAUGAAGAACUCACUUGGGCAUUAACGCCUUGCAGUAGGACGGAGAAUAAUAUCGGUCUCUCUUCUUCUACUACUACUAGUAAUAAUAAUAAUAAUAAUAAUAAUAAUAAUAAUAAUAAUAAUAAUAAUAAUAAUGAGAAUACAAUUGCAGGUUCCUCUUCUUCUGCUUCUUUUUCCUCUGAAACCAAAACAAUUUCCAUUCCAUUCUUUAAUGAAUUUGAUGGGAAUUCUCUCACUAUUGGUGUACGCCGGGCGAUGGCGAAUGGGGCUUAUCCCGCAGCUCCAUUUGAUGGUUCGGGUUUACCAGCCGUCACGGCUACGGCGAAGAAUGUACCUUUUUGUGGAUUACCCUCUACGGGUUUGUUUGUCACUCCACCGCAGUAUAGUGAUCACUGUGGGGUUUGUGCCUAUUUGAGUGGAAUAACACUUCAACGACGAACAGAGAAGCUGCAGGAGAGACAUGGGCAGCGUUGUUAUUAUCGUCCACCCACUAGUUUACAUGCAUUCUUUGGAAAACAUAAUAGAAGUGAUACAGAAGCAACAGCAUCCGAUAAAACCAAUAAGUCACAAUCACAGAAGAUUAUUGUGAAUGAAAAUGAUGAUAGUGGGAAACAGCAGAAGGAAGAAGAAGAAGAAGAAGGGAUGGAAGAGAAAAAGGAAAAACAAGUACGAAAAUUGGAAACCGUUGUAAUUGACGUUGAUGACAAUAGCUGUUAA